AUGAAAGGGUUGUUGAUGGAAUGCUUCGACAUCCUGCAUAUAGCAUUGUCUACUGACGGAAUAAACCCUCAUGGUAUUCAGAGUAGUAAACUUACUUCUUGGCCGGUGAUGUUGUUGAUUUAUAACCUUCCUCCAUGGCUAUGCAUGAAGCGCAAGUACAUGAUGUUGACUAUGUUAAUUUCUGGGCCCAAGCAACCAGGAAAUGAUAUAGACAUAUACUUGGCUCCAUUAAUUGAAGAUUUAAAGCAUAUGUGGGAGACAGGCGUAGAGGUAUAUGAUGAGUAUAAAAAAGAAUCCUUCGAAUUGAGGGCUAUGCUAUUUGGAACAAUCAAUGAUUUUCCUGCCUAUGGGAAUCUAUCAGGCUAUAGUGUCAAAGGGAAGCUUGCAUGCCCCAUAUGUGAAGAUGGUACACAUUCAAUACGGUUGGAUCAUUGUAUGAAGAAUGUAUUUCUUGGACACCGUAGAUUCUUAAAUACCAACCAUCAUUUUCGAAAAUGGAGAAAAGCAUUUGAUGGUGAAUCAGAAGAAAAAAGAGCUCCUUUGCCUUUGACGGGCGAUCAAUUAUACCAAAAGGUAAAGUUUUUUAGCACUAAUUUUGGAAAGCCUUUUUCAAGUGAACUUGUCACGGGAGGAUGGAAAAAAAAGUCAAUUUUCUUUGAAUUUCCAUAUUGGAAGUCAUUGUAUGUUAGACAUUUCCUAGAUGUGAUGCAUAUUGAAAAAAAUGGUUUUGAAAGUGUCAUUGGUACAUUACUCAAUCUUCCAGGAAAGUCAAAGGAUGGCAUUAAUUCAAGGUUAGACCUGCAAAGUAUGGGAUUAAAAAAUGAAUUGAGGCCGGUUAAGAGGGAGGGAAAGCGUACAUUUCUACCUCCAGCAGCUCAUACUUUGUCAAGAAAGGAGAAAAAGAUCUUGUGUAAGGUUCUACACAAUGUUAAAGUUCCAGAGGGCUACUCAUCAAACAUUAAGAGUUUAAUAUCUAUGAAAGAUCUCAAAUUGAAGGGUUUAAAGUCUCACGAUUGUCAUGUUUUAAUGGAGAACUUUCUUCCAGUAGCUAUACGUUCCAUUUUACCUGAAAACGUGCGAUGGACCAUAACUAAACUUUGUUUUUUCUUCAAAACUAUUUGUAGCAAAGUUAUUGACCCAGAGAAGUUGUCGACAUUACAAAAGGAAAUUGUUGUCACAUUAUGUGAGCUUGAGAUGUAUUUUCCACGCUCAUUUUUUGACAUUAUGGUUCAUCUAACAGUCCAUCUUAUCAUGGAAACACAAUAUUGUGGACCAGCUUAUAUGAGGUGGAUGUACCCGGUUGAGCGUUACAUGAAGAUAUUAAAAGGGUACGUGAAGAGUCGAAGUCAACCGGAUGGUUGUAUUGUUGAACGAUACUUAGUUGAAGAAGCUAUUGAGUUUUGUACUGAAUACCUCUCUAAUGUUGAGUCCAUAGGGCUUCCAAUGUCACGACACUCUGGAAAAACAACAGGGGAAGGGAUUGGUGCAAGUAAACUAGUGACCAUGUCGGACAUCGAAUUGCAGCAAGCACACUUGUAUGUUCCACACAAUGCUGAUGAGGUUGAGCCAUAUGUUGAAAAGCACAAGGAAAUACUUCAAAGUUUGAACCCUAAUAGGAGUGAAAAUUGGUUAACAAGAGAGCACAAUCGAAGUUUUAUAUCGUGGCUAAAAGAACACAUUUUUUCAGAAUUUGCUAAAAAUCCUGAUUCAAUUUCAGAAAGAUUGAGAUGGCUAGAAAAUGGUCCAAAUUCAAAUGUUCUCUCGUACUCUGGUUAUAUAAUUAAUAAGUAUACAUUUUAUACGGAAGAACAUGAUCAUCAAAGCACUAUGCAAAAUAGCGGUGUCACACUCGUAGCUGAAUCCGUGCAUAUCUCAAGUUCCAAAGACAGAAAUCCCGCAUUUGCCAAAUUGUCAUAUUUUGGGGUCAUUGAAUGUAUUUGGGAGUUGGAUUACUCAUGCUUUCAAGUGCCUGUGUUUGGUUGCAAGUGGGUUGACAACAACAAUGGCCUUCAAGUUGACCCUGGGUUCAUGAAGGUCGAUCUUAAUAAAGUGGGGUGUAAAGACGAGCCUUUCAUUUUAGCAUCACAAGCUCACCAAGUGUUCUAUGUCACUGAUCAUGCCGAUGAAAAGUGGUCUAUAGUGUUUCUAAGUAACAAAAUAAAUGAUCACCACACUCAAAGUAUAGAUGUUGAGGAUGAUCCUUUCUUUAAUACAUCACAACCCCUUGAGUCUGAAUCAAUUGUAGAUGAUAUUCUUUAUAUGCGAAACGAUCACAAUGAUGGGAUUUGGAUCAAUCCAUCAUUUUAUGUAAGUAGGAAAAAGAAAAGUAGGAAUCCAACUACAAGGAAGAGGAAAAGGCAGACUUGA